CUAGGUGGUUUCCCAUCAGAAUGGCGGAUAUUACUAGAACAACUAUCAACCUCAUAGCUUCAUUUUCUUGAUUCCAUUUCACAAAUAUUCAAGAACAAAGAUAAAAGUUUCUACUUUGUAGUACAGAGUAUCUAGCUUCAUCUUUAAAAAAGCUGUGUUCUUUCUUGAUAUUAUUGAACUGAAAUGGCUGUGGCUAUGGUUUCUUGUGGGAUGUGCACUAGUUUAAAAGUUAUAGAGAAGCAACCCAUUUUAAAUCCAGGUUUUUUUAAUGGCUCUUUAGCUUUGAAUCCAGGUCAGAGACUGUGCAUUAACCCCAAGAGGUUAGCUUUAUCUGGGAGUACAAUUAUUCCAAAAGCAUCCUCAGCUACAGCUGUGGAGGAGGGAAGUCCACAAGAGACUAGUGCAAUUCCAACACCCAAAGUCAUAAUUGAUCUGGAUUCAGAUCCAGAUGCAACAGUCGUUGAGGUUACCUUUGGGGAUCGCCUUGGAGCGCUUCUUGACACAAUGAAUGCGCUAAAAAAUCUUGGGCUGAAUGUUGUCAAGGCUAAUGUCUGUCUUGAUUCAUCUGGGAAACAUAACAAAUUCGCCAUCACAAAAGCCUCUACUGGUAGAAAGGUUGAUGAUCCAGAGCUGCUUGAAGCAAUUCGUUUGACGAUCAUCAAUAACAUGAUGGAAUACCAUCCGGAAUCUAGCUCCAUGUUAGCUAUGGGGGAAGCUUUCGGUGUUUUUCAACCCUAUCAGAAGAUUGAUGUGGACAUAGCGACCCAUAUCCAUAUCUACGACGAUGGUCCUGAACGGAGCUUACUCUGUGUAGAGACAGCAGACAGACCUGGAUUGAUAGUUGAUCUUGUCAAGAUCAUUACUGACAUAAACGUUGAUGUUGAAUCUGGAGAAUUCGAUACUGAGGGAUUGCUAGCUAAGGCAAAAUUUCAUGUCAGCUACAAGGGCAAAGCUCUGAUCAAGCCCCUUCAACAGGUUCUUGCAAAUAGCUUGCGUUAUUUCUUGAGGAGACCAACAACAGAGGAUGCAAGUUUUUAAUACAAAAUAUGCCGAAUAAGUUAGAAUUUGUCAAUAGGGUUAACAAAGCACUUUCAUUUAUCAAGAACGAAACUUGCUAGUUUUUGUAGCAUUGAUCCAUUCCAAGGUUUACACAGAGAAAAUAUGCAUGAAAUUUGGAGUCAUAGUUUCAAUGUGUACUGCAGUAACAUUGUAAAUUUGCUACCAUCUAUACGUCAAUGAUAUACAUUUCCAGAAGAGGAAUGAGCCAAUUAUCAGUUA